AACGUAGGUUUAUGCAGGGUUUAAAGGCGGCCACUCGCCCAGUCACUCCUCCUUCCUCCCUCCCUCCACCCACCUCCUCCAGAUCGCAGUUUUCCAAUUCAUAUACUCAUUCUUGUUCUUAUAACUAAAUUUGUAUUGUUCUUAUAGCUCCAAUUUUUCCUCAAUUUUGCUGCUCCUUCGAUCGUUGAAGAUUUUUCGUUUGAUGUCCCUUAUCUUUCAUCUCCUGCAACUUUGAUCUUGGAAAUAUGUGGAGAAACUUCGCCAAAAGGGUUGCUUCCAGAAAGGCAAAUCCUUCGUCACAGUUUCAUUUGGGUUCUGCUACUUCUUCUUCAGUGAAAUUUUCUCAAGAAUCGAGCUUUAUCGAGAAAACCAGGCAUUUCGAGGCCCGGAAUUGUGUAAACAAUCGGUUAUUGGUGAUGGGUUUUCGAAAAAUUGGCGAUACAGCUUCCCAAAAGGACAAAUUGGGCAGAUGCAGUUUGCUGAAUCCGAGUUACUUUCAUGGCGUUUCUGGGUUUUAUGGCUAUGCCAGUGCUGCCGAGGCCAUUGCGUCGACCGAUGGGGAUGAGGAGUCGUCGGGGUCCGAAGAAAUUCAGGAAUUGUUGGAGGAUUUGAUCAGAGAGAACAACAAGGUGGAGUCCCAUUUCAAGCAGCCGAAGAAAGUGGUUGCUGGUAUAGGAGUAGGAAAGUACAAUCUCCUCCGGAAGAGGCAAAUAAAGCUGGAGACCGAGGCGUGGGAAGAGGCGGCGAACGAGUACCAAGAGCUUUUAGUGGACAUGUGCGAGCAGAAGCUUGCACCCAAUUUGCCAUACAUUAAGUCAUUGUUUCUUGGUUGGUUUGAGCCUUUACGAAACGCCAUUGCUGAGGACCAAGAGGCCUGCAGGCAACCGAACAAUAGAGUCAGUCAUGCUCCGUAUAUUGAUCACUUACCGGCUGAUAAGAUGGCAGUUAUUACAAUGCACAAGUUGAUGGGGCUGUUGAUGACAAAUAAUGGCGGAGUCGGGAGUGUCAGGGUAGUCCAAGCUGCUUGUGCGAUAGGUGAAGCCAUUGAGAAUGAGGUUAGGAUACACAGGUUUUUGGAGAAGACAAAGAAGAAGAAGAACCCUAGUGACAAGAAGCCCGAAGAUGAAUCUGAUCCUGUGAGCAUUGAACAAGAGCAACUGACGAUCAGCGAGCAAGAGAAACUGACGAAAGAACAAGAGAGACUUAGGAAAAAGGUUAACAAACUGAUAAAAAAGCAGAAAAUGAAGCAAGUGAGGGAGAUUGUGAAGGAACAAGAAGACUUAAAGCCAUGGGGUCAGGAAGCCCAUGUUAAGGUUGGCUGUCGAUUGAUUCAGUUGUUGAUGGACACAGCUUAUAUACAACCUCCAGUUGAUCAAUCAGGAGAUGAUCCACUUGAUAUACGCCCCGCAUUUGUACAUAUCCUUAAGACUAUCACUAAAGACACACAGAAGACUAGUAGGAGAUAUGGUGUUAUAGAAUGCGACCCAUUAGUUCGCAAAGGCAUGGAGAAAUCUGCAAGGCACAUGGUCAUUCCUUAUAUGCCUAUGUUGGUACCCCCUAUCAACUGGACAGGGUAUGACAGAGGAGCAUAUUUAUUCUUACCAUCCUAUGUUAUGCGAACUCAUGGAGCGAAACAACAACGCCAAGUUGUUAAAAGGACUCCUAGGACGCAAUUAGAACCUGUUUUUGAGGCCCUGGAUACUCUUGGAAGCACCAAAUGGAGGGUGAACAAACGGGUACUUGGUGUAAUAGACAGGAUAUGGGCUAGCGGAGGCCGUCUUGCUGACUUGGUUGACCGUGAAGAUGUUCCAUUGCCUGAAGAACCAGACACAGAAGAUGAGACAGAAAUAAAAAAAUGGAAGUGGAAAGUUAAAGCUGCAAAGAAGGAGAAUAGUGAGAGACACUCACAGCGGUGUGACAUAGAACUCAAACUUGCUGUAUCUCGAAAAAUGAAGGAUGAAGAAGGCUUCUACUACCCGCACAACCUUGAUUUCCGUGGUCGUGCUUACCCCAUGCACCCAUAUCUAAACCAUCUUGGUUCUGAUAUGUGCCGAGGCAUCCUGGAGUUUGCAGAGGGACGGCCUCUUGGAAAGUCAGGCUUACGGUGGUUGAAGAUACAUUUGGCAAAUUUAUAUGCUGGUGGCGUGGACAAACUCUCCUUUGAUGAGCGAGUAGCAUUUACUGAGAAUCAUGUGGAUGAAAUUUUUGAUUCGGCAGUCAGACCUCUUGAAGGGAAGCGCUGGUGGUUGGGUGCUGAGGAUCCUUUCCAAUGCUUGGCAGCAUGUAUUAAUCUCUAUGAAGCAUUGAGAAGCCCCUCUCCAGAGACUACCAUUUCAUAUAUGCCUGUCCACCAGGAUGGUUCAUGUAAUGGUUUACAACAUUAUGCUGCUCUUGGAAGGGACAAGCUUGGAGCUGCUGCUGUUAAUCUUGUAGGGGGAGAGAAACCUGCAGAUGUUUACUCAGGAAUUGCUGCCAGGGUACUCGAUAUAAUGCGGAGUGAUGCAGAGAAAGAUCCUGCCACUAAUCCAAAUGCAUUGCAUGCUAGGCUGUUAAUUAAUCAGGUGGAUCGUAAAUUGGUGAAGCAAACAGUUAUGACGUCUGUAUAUGGUGUUACUUAUGUUGGUGCACGUGAUCAAAUUAAGAGGAGAUUAAAAGAGCGUAAUAACAUAGCUGAUGACUCGGCACUUUUUAACGCUGCUUGCUAUGCCGCAAGGACCACCUUGACUGCACUAGGAGAGAUGUUUGAAGCUGCAAGAAGUAUUAUGAGUUGGCUCGGUGAAUGUGCAAAGGUGAUAGCUUCGGAGAAUCACCCUGUUCAGUGGACCACUCCCCUUGGACUUCCGGUUGUACAACCCUACCGACAAUUAGGAAGGCAUCUGAUUAAGACUUCCCUUCAGGUGUUGACUUUACAAAGAGAAACUGACAAGGUCAUGGUUAAACGGCAGAGGACAGCCUUUCCCCCAAAUUUUGUGCACUCCCUUGACGGUUCCCACAUGAUGAUGACUGCUGUUGCCUGCAAGAAAGCAGGCUUAAAUUUUGCAGGAGUACAUGACUCAUAUUGGACGCAUGCAUGUGAUGUUGACGAAAUGAAUGGUAUACUAAGGGAGAAAUUUGUUGAACUCUACAAUGCACCGAUACUGGAGAAUUUGUUGGAGGGCUUUCAAGAGUCUUUCCCCAACAUGACUUUUCCCCCGUUGCCAGAUCGUGGAGACUUCGAUCUCAGAGAUGUUCUUGAAUCUCCCUAUUUCUUCAACUAGUCCGAGCCAGAUGAUUGCCAGGCGGCUGUGCCCUUUUUGGUCGCUUUAGUUCCCCAUAUCAUUCACAAGGUGAUGAAAUUUUAUUUAAUUUCUCUCAUUCAAGGACGUGAGAUGGUCAAGGAGAGCGAAUUCCGAUGAAAAAAAAUGCUUCAUGUUCGGCUGCAGCUAUUAAUCUGCUGUUUGUACUUGUACAUAUGUCAAGAAAGGCUAUCUUCACCAAUUAGCUGGAGAUAUCCCACGGGGCUUGGCCGUCUUCUGCAUCCACUAUUUGAAAGGAUUGGGGAAAUAAGAUGGUCAACAAGCAGCAUUCGAGAAAAUUGAGACAUCCCCAUGGAUGUGAAUCAGAGAAAAACUAGAGCGCCAACAGAGUUGAUUCAAACAAAUAGGCGAACGACGUUAGACGAACAUUGAGGACGUCUUGAUUCUCUGAGUGCAACAGAUUAAGGGUGGGCAUAAAUCGUCAACAUAAAUGUUGUCAGUUCCGUUUGUAAAAUUUUGUUUCGUUACGGUUCAUUUCAAGGGAAAUGUAGAAUAAGUUCAUGUAAUGAUUGUUGAUUCUUGCUCAAUUUUGAUGCAGAAUUCUUAUGAUUUUAAGGUGAAAUUUACACAGGAAA